CGUGCGGAGGCCGGGACGGAGCCCGCGGCGGGCUGUGAGGCGGUGCCAGUGCAGCGCAGCGAGCGCCCCCCGGGCCCCACUCCUUCAGCCCCGGAGCCCCCACCCCGCUCCCGCCAUGCCCGAGCAGCUCAGCGUUGCCGAGUUCCUGGCCGUCACCGCAGAGGACCUCAGCUCCCCGGCAGGGGCUGCUGUCUUCGCCGCCAAGAUACCCCGGUGCCGGGGGGCAGCAUUGGCGCGGGAGGAGAUCCUGGAAGGAGACCAGGCCAUCCUGCAGAGGAUAAAGAAGGCCGUGCGGGCCAUCCACAGCUCCGGCCUCGGCCAUGUGGAGAACGAGGAGCAGUACCGAGAGGCCGUGGAGGCCUUGGGCAACAGCCACCUGUCCCAAAACAGUCACGAGCUGUCCACCGGCUUCCUGAACUUGGCCGUGUUCACCCGCGAGGUAGCCGCGCUCUUCAAGAACCUGGUUCAGAACCUGAACAACAUUGUCUCUUUCCCCCUGGACAGUCUGCUGAAGGGGCAGCUGAGGGACGGGCGACAGGAUUCCAAGAAGCAGCUGGAGAAGGCAUGGAAGGACUACGAAGCCAAAAUGGCCAGGCUGGAGAAGGAGAGGGACCGGGCCCGGGUGACAGGAGGGAGCUCUGGGGAGGUGGCCCAGGACACACAGAGAGAGCGACGCAUCUUCCAGCUGCACAUGUGUGAGUAUCUGCUGAAAGCCGGGGAGAGCCAGGUGAAGCAAGGACCUGACUUUCUGCAAAGCCUCAUCAAGUUCUUCCAUGCCCAGCACAACUUUUUCCAAGAUGGCUGGAAGGCUGCUCAGAGCCUGUCUCCCUUCAUCGAGAAGCUGGCGGCCUCAGUACACACACUGCGUCAGGCCCAGGAGGAGGAGCUACAGAAGCUGACCCAGCUCCGGGACUCCCUCCGUGGGACACUGCAGCUUGAGAGCAGAGAGGAGACUCUGGGUCGGAAGAAUUCAGGAGGUGGCUACAGCAUCCACCAGCACCAAGGCAACAAGCAGUUUGGGACAGAGAAGGUGGGCUUUCUGUACAAGAAAAGUGAUGGAAUUCGAAGAGUCUGGCAGAAAAGGAAGUGUGGAGUCAAGUAUGGCUGCCUGACCAUCUCACACAGCACGAUAAACCGGCCCCCGGUGAAGCUGACCUUACUGACCUGCCAAGUGAGACCAAACCCUGAGGAGAAAAAGUGCUUCGACCUGGUGACCCACAACAGGACAUACCACUUCCAGGCGGAGGACGAACAUGAGUGUGAGGCGUGGGUGUCAGUACUGCAGAACAGCAAGGAUGAAGCCUUGAGCAGUGCCUUCCUGGGGGAGCCCGGCGGCGGCCCGGGGCCCUGGGGGGGCCCCGGAAUAGAGGGGGAACCCCAGGACCUCACGAAGCUACUCAUCGCGGAGGUGAAGAGCAGGCCUGGGAAUGGCCAGUGCUGUGACUGCGGAGCUGCAGACCCCACUUGGCUCAGCACCAACCUGGGCGUGCUUACCUGCAUCCAGUGUUCCGGCGUCCACCGCGAGCUGGGCGUGCGCUUCUCACGCAUACAGUCGCUCACCUUGGACCUGCUGGGCCCCUCCGAGUUGUUGCUGGCCUUGAACAUCGGAAACACUCGCUUCAAUGAGGUCAUGGAAGCCCAGCUGCCCUCUCACGGUGGCCCUAAACCCUCAGCUGAGAGUGACAUGAGCGCCCGCAGGGACUAUAUCGUGGCCAAGUAUGUGGAACACAGGUUUGCCCGGAGGUCCACCCCUGAGCCUCAGAUACUCCGGACGGCCAUUUGCAACCGGGACCUCCUGUUGCUACUGGAGGCCUAUGCUAAUGGCCAGGACUUUGGACAGCCACUUCCAGGGCCUGAGGGGCAGGCACCUGGAGAGCUCGCCCUGCACCUGGCUGUCAGAGUCGCCACCCAGGCUUCGCUGCCCCUGGUGGAUUUCAUCAUCCAAAAUGGCGGUCACCUGGAUGCCAAGGCUGCUGAUGGGAACAGCGCCCUGCACUGUGCUGCUCUGUACAACCAACCAGACUGCCUCAAGCUGCUCCUGAAAGGGAGAGCCUCCGUGGGCACAGUGAACGAGGCAGGAGAGACAGCUCUGGACAUAGCCAGGAGGAAGCAGCACAAGGAGUGCGAGGAGCUGCUGGAGCAGGCCCAGGCUGGGACCCUCACCUUCCCCCUGCACGUGGACUACCCCUGGGGAAUUGCCCCAGAGCCUGGCUCUGACAGUGAGGAGGAUGAGGAGGAGAAGCGCUGCCCUCAGAAGCUCCCAACCCAGGUCCGCUGGACCAGUGGGAGGCUGGACAUCAGCAACAAGACCUAUGAGACCAUCACUAGCCUGGGACCAGCUGCUCCUAAGAGCCAGAGUGAGGAUUGCCCCCCACCUUUGCCAGUCAAAAACCCUUCUCGGACAAUGGUCCAAGGGCGUGUGGGACACACCAGUGGAGAUCGUUCUGAAGUUCCCAACCUGAGCUCGGAGUCCCCUGGGGCCCCUGAGAGCCUGGGCAGUCCGGCCUCCUCCUCCUCCAGCCUCACAAGCCCCACGGAACCAGGGGGGCCCAAUCAAACCCUCCCCAGCUCUGAAGAGGGCCUCUGGGAGCCCCCAGGCCCCUCCCGACCAAGCCCGACAUCUGGAACCACCGCUGCAGAGAUGUAUCCGCCCGUCAGGUUCAGCUCCGAGAGCACUCGCUCCUAUCGACGUGGGGGCCGAGGCUUAGAAGACUGUCUUUCAGCCAGGCAGCCUCUACCCAGAAGGAACAUGCCGGUUGGCUUCACUGAAGGAGACGGCUCAAGGACUGGGGUUCUUCCGACAAGUUCUGUGCAGCUUUUGCAAGACUAGCUUCUUGCUGGCCCUAGAACACCUGAACCACCCCCAUGCUGGACCCCAGUGUUCAUAGCUAGGGCUUGAGCCCACAGACCGGGCAGCCGAGGUGUUCGUGCCUUGAGGUCUUGCUCUCUCUGUCCCUUGUGGCUGUCCUUCCUCCCUGCUUUGGGCCUGCGCCCCUGCUGAGAACACUGGGCCCCUUCACAUUAGGGCUGAUGUCUCAUACCCACCAGGGACCAGAGUGCUCCCGAGCUAACUUCAGCUGCAAAACCUUCAGUCCCUCAUCAGACCAAGUCUGAGGGGCUUGGUCUGAGGGGCUCCACCCCGCCUUCGUCACUCUGCAGACCAGGGAUUCUGCCAGACUGGGAGUCUUUUCAGCCAUUCAUUAGCUUAGUGUUCUUUUUUCUUCCUCUUCUUUUUACAGCCACGCCUGCAGCAUAUGAAAUUUCCCAGGUCAAAUCAGAGCUGUGGCAGAGGCCUAUGCAACACUGGGUACAGGCCACAUCUUUGACCUACGCUGCAACUUAUGGCAACGCCAGAUCCUUAACCCACUGAGCGGGGCCAAGAAUCGAACCGACAUCCUCAUGGAUACUAGUUGGGUUCAUUUGUGAUGAGCCACGAUGGAAAGUCCUAGCCUAGUAUUCUUUACUGAGUUCUGGCUCUUCAUCCAUUCCUGUGAGAGGCACUGCAGAUGCCUCAUGGAUAAGACAAGGGUCCUGCAGAUGUGUUCCUGUCUGGGCAUCUGGUCCCAAGAGUUAGGCUUGGAAAUGGGCAGGGCUAGAUUCCAGAGGAUGGUUCUGGGCUCAUGAGCAGACUGGCAAUCAGCUAGUUCACACCUGAAUAACACUGCAGUUGUCUACAACCCAUCUCCAUUCUGGGUGGUCUGUGCCCAUGCUGUACUGGAUGUUAAAUAAAUAUCCCAAAUAUCACUCCCUUUGAGGAACUGCACAGCCUUGCUGAGGACCUCUGCUAGAUUUCCCAGCCAGGAAGUAGAGUAGGGCUCACCCCCAUGUGCCUGCUCGCUUUGACUUAGCAAGAGGAAAGAAUGGUCUGGGGCGAUUAUCCUCACUUCUGUCUUUUGGUCAGCUCUGGAAAUUUCCAGUCUUUGAGGGAGGAAACGACUACGAAAGGAGAGUGAUAGAAAUGGGAGGGGAGCAACUUAAUGGUUCUGCUUCCCAGCGCUAAAAUUCCACCAUCACUUUCAGCCCCAUAUUGGAAAACAAAUACACACAAGCCAUCAUCAGUCUCUAAUAUUUCAGCUUCAUGGACACGGGGCCCUGGGCCCUGGCAACAAGGGACCAGGACGAACAGAAGAGUCCACGGGGUGCCAAUGACCAACACAGCAGCUGGGCCUGGGAGGCUGGGCUGUUUACCCUGGAGACCUGACUGGUCUGUGAUCCCACAGGAGUGAGAUCCUCCUGUGGCAUCUUCCUUGUCUUCAGAGCCCCUAGUGUCUGGUUUAGUUAAUCUUGGACUUGUUCAUUCAUUCAUCUCUAAUAAAAGAUUUUUUUGGAGUAAA